AUGGAGGGAGAAAAUCACACAAGGACAUCGCAGUUCAUUCUCCUGGGCCUCUCACAGGAUCCUGAACUUCAACCCCUUCUCUUUGCACUGUUCCUCUCCAUGUAUCUACUCACGGUGCUCGGGAACCUGCUCAUCAUCCUGGCUGUCAGUUCCGACUCCCACCUGCACACCCCCAUGUACUUUUUUCUCUCCAACCUGUCCUUUGUGGACAUCUGUUUCACCUCCACCACAGUGCCAAAGAUGUCGGUGAACAUCAAGGCACACAACCAUGACAUCUCCUACAUGGAAUGUCUCACUCAGGUAUAUUUUUCUAUGCUUUUUGCUGGCAUGGAUGAUUUUCUACUCACUGUGAUGGCCUAUGAUCGCUUUAUAGCCAUCUGUCACCCCCUUAACUACACAAUCAUCAUGAGUCAUCAACACUGUAGUCUUCUGGUUCUGAUGUCUUGGCUUAUUAUUGCCUGGAUCUCCCUUAUUCAAAUCCUAUUGAUGAAGCCACUGACCUUCCGCCUAGGCACGAAAAUCCCUCACUUCUUCUGUGAAUUAGCUCAGGUUCUCAAAGUGGCCAGCUCUGAUACCCUUAUCAAUAAUGUCAUCUUGCUUGUAGCAACAGCCCUGUUCUGUGUGUUUCCCAUGACUGGGAUCCUCUUCUCCUAUUCUCAGGUCAUUUCUUCCUUAAUUAGGAUGUCCUCCUCCACAAGCAGGUAUAAAGCAUUUUCAACUUGUGGGGCUCACCUCUGUGUGGUCUCCUUGUUCUACGGAACAGCACUUGGGGUGUACCUCAGUUCUUCUGGUACCCAUUCUUCCCAGACAAGCAUUAUUGCCUCUGUGAUGUACACUGUGGUGACCCCCAUGCUGAACCCCUUCAUCUACAGCCUGAGGAACAAGGAUGUGAAGGGAGCCCUGGGAAGACUCCUCAGCACAACAGUGUCUUGUCUUUCAUGGAGUACUGACCUCAGAAGAAAACAGACAUUGUGGUUCCUUAGACAAGCACUGUGA